CUGUCUCUGCAGCUUUGAGUUUUUGGCUCUGAAGAGGUGGAGGCUUGCUGCAGCCGCCGAUCUGGAUGCCAUCUCAGGUCAUGGAUCAGAGGCACCACUUGUCCCAGUACAGGCAUCCCAUCGCGGGCGCUUCGUCCUUCAGUGAGGAGCUUCUCCUCCCAACGGAGAGGCAAAUUGGAUUUUGGAAGCAAGAAUCCUUACCUCAUAAUAUGGGAAGCAAUUCACUUGCAUCUUCUCCGCUUGAAAAGCCUCAACCAAUUGGGACAAAGAUUAUGGGUCGACAAGAGUUUCUACAACAAUAUGAUCCGAGGGACCAGAAAACUGCAUAUAGUCUUGAGCACAAGCUGUUUGAUCAAGAGAGGCAUCCUAACUUGGCACCAUCUUCUUGGAGGCUUGAUCAAGAUCCUAGUUGCCAAUCUGAUUCAUCCUUAAAGGCGGCAGCUUUAUUUCAUGAUGUGAGAAGGACUAACACAAAUGGUGUCUACAACGAGAAUGGGCUUUUUUCAAGCUCACUGUCGGACAUUUUUGACAAGAAAUUGAGAUUAACAUCCAAGAAUGCUCUUUUCGGCCAACCUACUCAAAAGGUUGAUCUGAAUACCAAUGAUGAGCCCUUUGAGUUGACCGAGGAGAUUGAGGCCCAAAUAAUUGGAGACCUGCUUCCUGAUGACGAUGAACUUCUGUCAGGUGUUCUUGACGAAGUUGGGUAUGCAGCCCAUGCUAGCAAUGGGGAGGAUGGUGAUGAUGAUAUAUUCUACACUGGAGGCGGGAUGGAACUCGAAACUGAUGAAAAUAAAAAGUUGCAAGAACUUAAUGGUGGAUCUAAUGAUAGACUUGGGUUUCUAAAUGGCGCACUGAAUGGUGAACAUCCGCAUGGGGAACACCCUUCCAGAACUCUUUUUGUUCGGAACAUUAAUAGCAAUGUUGAGGAUUCUGAGUUGAAGCUCAUAUUUGAGCAUUAUGGAGACAUCCGUACCCUUUACACUGCAUGUAAACAUCGUGGUUUUGUGAUGAUAUCUUACUAUGAUAUAAGGUCAGCACGAAAUGCCAUGAGGGCACUUCAAAACAAGCCACUCAGGCGUAGGAAACUUGACAUACAUUACUCCAUUCCGAAGGACAACCCUUCAGAAAAGGAUGUUAACCAGGGAGUUCUUGUAAUGUUCAAUAUUGAUCCAUCGGUAACGAAUGAUGAUCUCCAUCGGGUAUUUGGUGACUAUGGUGAAAUCAAGGAGAUCCGUGACACUCAACAAAAGGGUCAUCACAAAAUAAUUGAAUUUUAUGAUAUAAGAGGAGCCGAAGCUGCAUUGCGUGCUUUAAACAGGAACGAUAUAGCAGGCAAGAAAAUCAAAGCGGAUAACAGCCAUUUCGGUGGUACUAGACGAUUGAUGCAGCAUAUGUCUCAAGACUUGGGGCAGGAAGAGUUUGGUGUAUACAAACUGGGGAAUCUAAGCACAACUAGCCCUUCGAGGGCUUCUUUUGGUUCGUCUAAUCUGGCGACAAACACCUCCACUGGCCUCGAAAAUGGGAGCAUCCAGGGUAUGCGUUCUGGAGUUCAGGCAUCAAUGAGCCCAUUCAGAGAUGCACCAUUAUUGGGCCUAUCCUCUACCAGACCGCAAACUUUAUCCUCUCCCGUUGGAAUUACAUCCCGCGUAAAUCAGGCUACCCUUGGUGAGCUUAGCCAUUCGCUCGGUCGGAUGAACGGACACAUGAAUUAUAGUUUUCAAGGCAUGGGUGAACUAACUAGUGGGACCCCUUACAACAUGACACCAAUUGGCACUAAUAGCAAUCCAAGACCAGUUGAAGCAGUGGAAAGCAGGCACCUCCCUAAAGUGGGCUCUGGUAACCUCAAUGGAUAUUCAUUUGAUCGUGCCGAAGGAGCUCCUGGGUUUUCGCGAACUGGAAGCCUUCCUCUCCAUGGUCAGCAUUUAAUGUGGAAUAAUUCAAAUAACUUCCAUCAUCAUCCCAAUUCUCCUGUGAUUUGGCCAAACCCAGUAUCUUUUGUAAACAAUGUUCCAUCUCGCCCGCCUGCACAAAUGCAUGGAUUACCAAGACCACCGUCCCACAUGCUUGAGAAUGUACCCCCCAUGCAUCAUCACCAUGUUGGGUCUGCACCAGCAAUCAAUCCAUCGGUUUGGGAUAGGCGGCAUGGCCAUCCAGGAGAUUUGACAGAAGCACCAAGUUUUCAUCCUGGCAGUGUUGGAAGCAUAGGAUUUCCUGGUAGCCCUCAGCUUCACACAGUGGAGCUUAAUAACAUAUUUUCUCAAACUAGAGGGAAUUGUAUGGACCCAGCUGUGUCUCCUGCACUGAUUGGCGCACCAUCUCCUCAGCAGAGGGGCCUGUUCCAUGGAAGGAAUCCUGUGGCUCCCCUUCCAUCAUUUGAUGCAUCUGGUGAGCGGAUGAGAAGCCGAAGAAAUGAAUUAAGUGCAAAUCAGUCCGAUAAUAAAAGGCAAUAUGAGCUUGAUGUUGACUGUAUUCUGCGUGGUGAAGACUCCCGGACUACACUGAUGAUAAAGAAUAUCCCAAAUAAGUACACCUCAAAGAUGCUUUUAACUGCUAUUGAUGAAGGUCAUAAGGGAACUUAUGAUUUUAUUUAUCUGCCAAUUGACUUCAAGAACAAAUGCAAUGUUGGCUAUGCUUUCAUCAAUAUGAUCAAUCCUCAGCACAUUGUUCCGUUUUAUCAGACUUUCAAUGGAAAAAAGUGGGAAAAAUUUAACAGCGAGAAGGUAGCAUCACUUGCUUACGCCAGAAUCCAAGGGAAAUCAGCUCUGAUUGGUCAUUUCCAGAACUCCAGUUUGAUGAAUGAGGACAAGCGCUGCCGCCCCAUCCUCUUCCAUUCGAAUGGCCCUAAUGCAGGGGAUCAGGAACCAUUCCCUAUGGGUGCAAACAUCCGAGCCAGGUCAGGGAGAUCCAGGACUUCCUCUGGCGAAGAAAACCACCAGGAUAUCCCAUUGACUUCCGCCAGUUGUGACACUUCAUCCAGCGGAGCUGACACUUCAGGUCCCACCAAGGAGACCGAAUAACCCAAACUAAAAGGCCUGGAGACCAUUCACAAUCUCAUUUCUGAUUCUCAGUUUUUUUUUUCCUUUACCGUUUUGGUUUCUUUGGUAUACCCCCCGAUCUGUAUUUAUUAACUUCCAAGAUGCGGGUCACCAAAGUUUUUGCUAGUUGGCUGCAAAGUUUUGUCCCCGAUGGGAAACAUGGGAGAGAUUGUGCUUCCAGUUUCCCUUUGUACCUACCAGUAUGCGUAUUAACAGAAGGCUGAGGACGGUGAAGAGGCACCGGAGAGCUUCCAGAUUUUGGUCAAGUGAGAAUCUAUUAACCCCAAGUUGUACAGCAGUAAUCGUGCUGAGGGGAGAGAGCAAAGGAGACAUCUACAUCAGUUUUUAGUGAUGAUGUGUGGAGACUGCCUCCUUCAUCUAUGUUCCGUUUUGAGUUGGGGUGCUCCCCAUAAGCUAUGCAGAGGAGUCCGAUUUUGUCACCAGGACAGGGCGCAUGUGCCUCAGUCCUACUGGUCUUGUCACUUUUCUCCGUAUUUGAUAAGUUCAUGUGUAAAUUUACAUAUCCGUAGCAUUGAGUUUGCGUCCUCUAUGUGCUUAUGUUUUGGUCACCACAGCAUUUUGAGGCUGCACCAUAAGUCCAGCUAUUAUUGUCAUGAACCUUUCAUGGUUGCUAAGUUCUGUCAAGAAACCUGUGAUGAUUCUUUACAA